AUGUUGAUGAUGACAGAUGAGAUGUGCUGUAAAUCAGUAGGAACUGAUCUGUCCAUGCUGGAUAUUGAUGAUUACAUCACAGAAAUCUCUCAGCUGAAGAAAGAGGUGGCGUUACUGGAGGCAACAUUGAGUUCAAGAGGAGAUUUAGGACUGAAACGAGAGGAUGUGGAUUGUUGCGAAUCUUCAUGGUAUGUGACUGAUGUUGUGAGUCUGGAUCCAGUGUGGAUGAGCAGAGAUCAGAGCCGCACACCACAGCCACUGCUGGACUCUAAACUCUCUGAAGAGAAAUCCAGACACACACAGGACUCAGAUCUCAGUCUGACUUUACUCUGUUAUACUGAGUCAAAGCCCACAGACACUCAGGACACUACAGUGUGUGACAGUAAACAGAGCUUACAGGAGGAUCAAACCUCCACAGAGUCUCUGGAUUCUGUCUGUAACGCUGGAGAACAGCAGCAGGUCCUGCAGAUGUGUUCAGUUAAACUCAUCGACUGCACGAACCUCAUGAUGAAGAUUAAAACUGAACCCACAGAAAUCAAAAUUGAACCCACAGAAGAGGAAGAUCACACUGAGGAAGAUGAUUUUAUUCUGUCAGAUGUGAAGAGUGAAGAAAUAACGUCCUCAACAUCAAAAGAGCGACUAACAGCACAAACUCUGCACAAACAGACAUUCAGCUCACAGAGACAUUUAGAGAGACAUGAGAGAAAACACACAGAACAUGAACUCUUCACCAGAUCUGAGAUCAGUUUUACUUCCUUACAAGAGAAGAAACUUCAUUCAGAAGAGCACAGAGAGAAGAAGAUGAUGAAGAAGCAGCAGUUUCACUGUGAGCAGUGUGGGAAGGGUUUUGUCGUCUUAUCUCGGCUAAAAGUUCACAUGAGGACACACAGUGGUGAAAAGCCUUUCUACUGCACUGAAUGUGGAAAUUACUUCAGCACCAAACAAAGUCUUGAUUUUCAUAAGAGAAUUCACACAGGAGAAAAACCAUACGAAUGUCCUCACUGUGAGAAGAGAUUUAGCCGUAAACAUUAUUUGAAGACACACUUACUUUUACACACCAAUGAGAGACCGCAUCACUUUAGGGAUUCAGAUUCAUUAAAAUCACAGCAGAAUAUUUACUCUGUAGAGAAAGUCUAUCAAUGUUCACACUGUGAUAAACGUUUCUGUUAUAAAUAUCAGCUGAUAAUCCAUGAGAGAAUUCAUACUGGAGAGAAACCAAACGAAUGUCCUCACUUUGAGAAGAGAUUUAGCCGUAAACAUUAUCUGAAGACACACUUACUUUUACACACCAAUGAGAGACCGCAUCACUUUAGGGAUUCAAGUUCUUCACAGCAGAAUAUUUACUCUAAAGAGAAACUCUAUCAAUGUUCACACUGUGAUAAACGUUUCUGCAAUAAAAACCAUCUGAUAAUCCAUGAGAGAAUUCAUACUGGAGAGAAACAUCAUCACUGUCAUGUUUGUGGGAAGAGUUUUAUUCAUCCUAGCAGUUUAGUGGUACACCAGCGAAUUCAUACAGGUGAAAAACCUUUCAAAUGCUCUCAGUGUGACAAGACAUUUACUCAGUCAGGUCACUUAAGAGACCAUAAGAGAAUUCAUACUGGAGAAAAACCUCAUCACUGUAGUGUUUGUGGGAAGAGUUUUAGUCAAUCGUCAAACUUUCAAAGGCACCAGAGACUUCAUAUAGGUGCUAAACCAGUGCUUUAAGUGGGCCGGAACGCGCCGGUACUCAGUACCGCCACUUCCAAAUAUAGCUCUUGAGCGCACCACCACCUCUCCGUGCGCCCAGAACGUGCUUUUAGCGUACCGGAACGCUCAUUUGCCAGCUGUUUAAAAAUCAGAGGUUUCAUUUAAUCCUUUGACUGCGCUGCCGCUUUUCAGAGCGCCCUUCACAAUGUACGCUUCUUAAUUCGUCUCACCGAGAGCAGAGACUACACAUACACCCAUGCGUUUACAAGUUAAAAGCGCAUGCGUCGCUUUUGCCGCUGACUGUCAGUAGCUGUGUCCCAAUUCAAGGGCUGCGACCUUUUAAGGACGUAUUUUAAGACCGAUUGCGUCACAGCAGCGCGACUUAAGGCCAGUAAGGCCGUCCCAAUUCAAAGGAUGCUUAGAAUGAAGCCUCAAAAUGCGUCCUCAUUUCUCCGCGCUGUUAAGGAUAGAACGAAUGGAUCCUUAACAGCCGAGGAUAUCCCAAGAGUCAUUGCGCCUCUGCAACGGCUGCAUAUUAUGGGUGGAUAUUUAAAAAUAAACAAUUAAACCCUGUAUUAAAUAAAAAUGUAUUUAUCAGAAAAUAUUUUUUCUUGUCACUGUUUUAGUAUUAUAAGUUAUGUUUUGUGUUAAUAAUAUUCUUUUUAUGUUGCGUAUAUUUAUGAGGUUGAUUAAUUUGGUAUACUGUUGAAUAGUUUAAUAUGCAUCAACGUGUCAUAUUUCUAAAAUAAAUUAAUGAUUUUUCUGAUGUCAUAUUUAUUUUAAUAAGUCAGAAACGUGCAGGUGGGCGCGUGCAGCAGGUGACGCUAAUUAUGGGUCCUCCGAAGGUUAGACCGUCUCAUUUCAGUUCUCUUCGCGAACUUCUGAGGCUUCCACCUUGAAAGACCGAGUGCUCACCUUUUAAGGUCGAAUGCUCAUAAGGUUGCAGCCCUUGAAUUGGGACACAGCUAGUCAGUGUGGUCUGGACUCGAGAGGUGUGUGCUUGUGUGUGUGAAACGCGCAACCAUAGGUGCUCGGUUAAAAUGAAAAUACAAUGAACACUUAAUAUACCCUCCUUCUUUUAGACUCUGAGUCGUAAAAGAACAAGGUCAGAAUCAGAGGACUCGCUGGCUGACAUGAUCCCAACAAGCCAAAAUGAUAGCUGCAGGUUAGACGCAAGCUUUUUCCAAUAUACCCUUUUGUAGGUACAGUACGUGAUAAUCUCCGCUGUCGCGGCUGUCAGUUUGGUUCCCCUCGACGCAACUUCGGAUUUCCUCAGGCGAUGUGCAGAGUAAAACAUUCUUGAAAUUUUAAUAUACAUUUAGUUUAAUUGCUUAACUACAAGUGAACGAGAUUUCAAUGAAUUUGAACGACGCGCACGGGAAUUUUACCACCCGCAAAAUGGAAAACAAUGGGACAAAAUAAAGUGAUGACUUUCUAGUUUCAAAUGGGCAGUAUUUUGUUAUUCUUGAACCCAUAGACAUGGUCUUGGUGUCAUUUUAAAGUUUUUUUUCAAUCUCUUUCAAUCUGAACAACUAGUUUUAGAAUUUAACCAUGCUGAAAAUUUUACUCACAUAUUUACAUUUUGCACAUUUUAUUUAUGUUCAAAAGUUCUUUCUAAUGGUAUUUUUCAAAAUCUUUUUGCACAUUUUAUUUAUGAGCUAUUUCUAGCUCAAGCAAAUCCAAAAACUUAUAAAAGGAAUUAUUAUUUUUCACAAGGUAGUCUGUUGACUGCUAAAUAUAAAACCCUUUCAAUAUAGGAGGAGUCGAAUCAGCAAAAAAAAAAAAAAGAGUACCGGCACCUCGUUUGGGUCACUUAAAGCACUGUGUUAAACCUUACAAAUGCUCUCAGUGUGACAAGACGUUUACUCGGUCAGGUCAGUUAAAAGACCAUCAGAGACUUCAUACAGGAGAGAAACCUUAUGUCUGCUCUCACUGUGGAGAGAUAUUCAGUCGUUCUAGAAGUCUUCAGCAUCAUCAGAAGAAACAUCCUGAAGAACAAACUUCACUGAAAUCAUCAUAGCACUGGCCACGUAUAUUUGGAGUAAAUGUUGGACGUGAUAAUGUGCUAGAACAAAACCAAUGGAUUUCUAUGAAUGACUUUGGCUAUUUCACAGUGUAAAAAGGAAAGGUUUUUUUCGAUUACUGUGUUGAAUUUUCCUUUAUUCCUCCCGACGAAUAAACAGGUCGACCAAUGAGAUCCAAACAUUAUGUCAUGUUCCCUGAGCCGCUGCUGUAACUAAAAAAGGGUGAGACGGUGACACUAAACUGUAUUGUGCGUGUAAACACAACAUUGAAACAAGUCAAGUUGAUUUUAUUUAUAUAGCGUUUUUUACAACUGUUCAUUGUUGCAAAGCAGCUGUACAUGAAAUUGAAAUAAAGAAAACCAUUUUUAUCAUUAAAGAAAGUUGCAAGUGUACAUAGUGGUCCAGUGUUGCUAGUUGGAGGUGAAGAUUGUGCAUCUUAAAAAUUUGUUUCCUGUAAUAGUUAAAUAACUGGAUUCUCUUACUUCUGUUUUUCAAAUGUUUUAAUGAAGAAUUUGUGCAAUUGAGAAGUAUUUUUUUUCACCAAUGUUAUUUUAAUAAAAUAAAAAUAUAACUGGAAAAUGUUGUGUUUGUUUUUCACCCCGCCACUGAUAGCAGGAAUAAUGACCAGAGGUGGAAAGUUAUGAAUUACA